AUGCGGUGGCAUAACAGCCGUUACCCCUGCAACGAGCCGAAUUGCGGCAAGGUCUUUACUCGGGAGAACGAUCUCAGGAGACACUCGACCAUACACAAGGGCGAGCGAAAAUACGCCUGCCCGAAGUGCGGCAAGCCGUUCAACCGGAAGGACGCGAUGGAACGUCACCGUCGUACG